UAAUAAAAAUAUUUUAGAAGUAACUAAUUAUUUAUAAUUAUUUAAUUUCAGUGAAAAAUCAAAAAGUAUACAAAUUUAAUCAUGUGCAAAACGAAAUUCAUUAGAUCAUUUUUGGAUAACAUUCUUAAAAAGACUAAUUUCGCACAAUGUUUACAAAAACUUCAGAUUGUAUCAGCAGGAAAUGGAAAUUGUAAAGCAGAAUUGGUUGUAUCCGAGGAACAUUUAAAUAUAUAUGGAUUGUUGCAUGGUGGUUUUACAUCUACUCUUGUUGAUGCUGUCUCUACAUAUGCUUUAUUAACCCAUGAAAAAAAUAAUGAACAUAAACCAGGUGUUUCAUUAAAUUUAAAUAUUACGUUUAUGAAACCUGCUCUUUCUGGUGAGCUGAUAACAAUUAAUGCAAGAACAAUACGUGUUGGAAGAACAGAAGCUUUUAUUUCAAUAGAUAUUACAAAAAAUGAAGGGAAAGAUAUAAUUGUUAAUGGAUCGCACAUAAAAUUUAUUGGAAAGUAAAAUAAAUAAAAGAAUGCAAUAUA